AUGAUAGAAUUCGUUCUCGACAACGGAUUUCCAGUGGAUGGAAUGGAUGUUCAACGUGCGGCCGAACAAGUAUUGGCGUACCCUGACCCGGAAGCAUUGGAACUUCUUUUUGAACGUGGAAUCAUCAAUAGCAAGUCACGCACCACCCGAGGUAGGAGUUUAUUAGACACACUCGCCUCUAGAGGGGUUGAGGGGGUUGCUAUAACGGCGACUUUGGACAUAUUGAUCAAGCAUGGGGUUGAUAUCAAUGGUGCGUCUGAUUCUCCUCUGCAUCGUAUCGUCGGCAGGGGUAUGUGCGCCUACCAGCAAAACUCCCCAUGGAGGAGAGAGGUGAUGCUGCGGCGAUUACUUGAUCGAGGCGCAGACCCUCUGCGACGCUGUGAAAUCCACGGAAGCCCUCUCGAGACUGCGGCAAAGGAUGGCGAACAAGGUUUACUGAAAAUCAUGUUAAAAACUCUUUCGCAGCGACAUGUCCGCCUUGACGAGCUGCAACCAAUAUUGAGCCUAGCAGAGAAAGGCGCAGAAGACAUGCGUCAUUACAUGAUACCACCAAUCCUACGCCGUUUCUACUGGCGAAGGAGGAGAGAAGUUGAACUGGAAGAGGCACCAUCGUAG